ACAACCCCGACGGACGAUUUCUCAAGCUUCAAUCAACGACCUGAUUGACAACCACCCCUCCUCCAGAGCGACCCCUCAUCCUCGCACAAUCCCAACGAUGAUCUCACGGUCGGCGAUUGGACGACAUGCGCAGCUUGCCCUUCGCAGGCAAAGCUGCGUGCAACCUUCCGCUCGACGUGGUCUGGCUGCUGUUUCCACCGGCGAGACGUCCUUUUCCUACGAGUCUGCAGAUGUUGGCGGUAUUAAGGUAGCUAGCAGAGACGUCGCAGGUCCAACUACAAAGCUUGCCGUCGUGGCAAAGGCUGGAACUCGAUACGAACAAUUGCCGGGUCUUACGGUUGGAUUAGAACGAUUCGCAUUCAAGGUCCGUAACAAAUUUGGUGGGCUACAGGAUGGGGUAUCAAUUGAGGCUAACCACGUUCCCGGUCUCUAGAACACCCAAAAACGCUCUGCUCUUCGAAUCACAAGAGAGUCUGAGCUUCUAGGUGGACAAUUGAAUGCAUACCACACCAGAGAAUCACUUGUAAUCGAAGCCAAAUUCCUCCGAGAAGAUCUACCAUAUUUUACAGAACUUCUAGGAGAGGUUAUCGCCGAGACCAAAUACACCGGUAUGUUUGGCCUUGAUAUUUAGAAAAUCAAGUCUUAAUAAGGUGCUCUUAGAUCAUGAAUAUCACGAGCAGGUUGAGGAGCUCAUCCACCUAUCUCAAAAGAAACUUCUAGCCAAUGUCUCCGAGCUCGCCAUCAACUCAGCUCAUGGCAUUGCCUUCCACAGAGGUCUCGGAAACCCACUCUACCCAACAUCCUCUACGCCGUUGGCCAAAUACCUGAACGCCGGUUCAAUUUCUGAAUUCGCUCAGGAUGCGUAUGCUAAGCCAAACAUUUCGGUUGUUGCAAAUGGAGCUACUCAGGAGGAACUUUCCAAAUGGGUUGGCCAAUUCUUCUCUCAAACUCCAGCUACUUCCGCAAAUCCAUUCACGAGCACUUCUUCAACGUACUAUGGUGGUGAAGAACGUAUUUCGCACGCUUCUGGCAACGCCAUGGUUAUCGCUUUCCCAGGGUCCAGCUCUUUCACCUCAGGAGCUUCAUACAAACCAGAAAUGGCUGUUCUUGCAGCUCUUCUUGGUGGUAAAUCAAGUAUCAAAUGGUCACCUGGAUUCUCUCUGCUAUCAAAAGCAGCAUCCGCAUUCCCAGGAGCCAGCGCUACCACAACCCACUUCUCCUACUCCGAUACUGGUCUAUUAGCAAUUCAAUUCAGUGGUUCUGCCAAGGCAAUCCGUGAUGCAUCUACAGAGGCUAUCAAAUCUCUGAAGAGCAUUUCAGAAGGUUCCAUCAGCAAGGAAGAUUUCACCAAAGCAGUGGCCAUCGCUAAAUAUCGUGCUUUGGAGGAAGGACAGAACAUUGAGGCUGGCCUUGUAGCAACUGGUGCUGGUUUGGUUCACGGUGGAAAACCAUUCCAAAUUAGUGAGGUUGGCAAGAGUGUUGAGAGCGUGAGCGCUCAGAAGUUGCAAGCAGUAUGUUUUCUAUUUCCUUGACUUCCAUGAUUUCUUUACUAACUUUCACAUAGGCAGCAAAAGCUUUACUGGAAGGCAAAGUAACGGUUUCAUCGGUUGGGGAUCUAUAUGUACUUCCUUUUGCAGAAGAGAUUGGCCUCAAGGUUUAGGCGUUUGAAGCAUUGGAGGAGUUGGGU